GCGGCCGGCGGCGGAGGGCGGGGGGCGCGAGCCAAGCAGGAAGUGGCUGAGGAGAAGCGGCCGCCGCGGAGGGGCCUGGGCGGGAUCCGGCCGCCCCCCGCCCGCAGCAGCAGACUCUGCUAUAUUCCUCACCAUGGGUGACAUGAAAACUCCAGAUUUCGAUGACCUUCUGGCAGCUUUUGAUAUUCCUGACAUUGACACGAACGAGGCCAUCCAUUCUGGCCACGAGGAAGCUGAUGCUCACAUCAAGCAAGUCCCUGGAGAGCCAGGACCUCCUGACCACGUCCUGCCCCACACAGACAUCACCGCUGUCAGCGUGAUUGUAAAGAACACGGUGUGCCCCGAGCAGCUCGAUGCCCUGGACGGGCGCAGCAAAGAUGGGCACGUCAUCGGCUCCCGCUUGCUGCAGAAUGGCUUUGGGGCCACCGAGAUGCCCAGGUCCCCCACUUCCAGGUCUGUGGAAGCCGUAGCAUCCUCCAACGGGGAGUGCUGGGUGAAGGAAAAAGGUCCCAAGCCCCUGGAUAUCUUCUCCCAUUUUAGCCCCGAUCCCAAUGAAGACAACGCUGCCAACCUGAUUGACAGACCCCGGGAAUGUAAGGCGAAAGAGAAAUCCCUUGCUGUGCCCUCCCUCUCCCCGUCUCCCACCCUGUCCCUGGACUGCAAAGAGCCCAUGGGAGAGAGCACAGAGAACCUGCCCCCGGCAUUCCCGCAGUCCUUUGAAACCGGCCAGGCAGGGAGUGCAAACGGGUCCCCUCCUGCCAUCCCCUGCAUCAAGAAGGAGGAGUCUGACUCGGAGGAGGUGGGCCGUGAAGCCAGCCCAAAAGGUUUGGCUGCGGCCUUGGGUGACAGUCCCUUGGAGCACCUGAAAUCAGUCACCGUUCGCUACUCCGCAGAUGAUUCUCCCAUCACGUCCUGGCCUGGAUCCGACCCAAACCUCGACAGCAGCACCAGCAACCUUCCUGAAGUGAAACACUCGCCCGCCAGCCCCCGGGAGCCCUUCUUCAAGCCUUCCUCACCGGUGGUACAGAGCCCCAGGCUCCCCACUUCUCCAAAGCACCUGGACAACAUCGCCCUCAAGGAAGAGCAAGAAGUUCUGGAGAAGUCAAUGGGAAGUCCGCAGAGCAUGUCCAGUGCUGAGGAGGAGGAGGAGGAGGAAGACAACAACAAUGAUUCCCCUUCCUCCAAUUCCUCGCGGCCCCUGAAAGUGCGGAUUAAAACCAUCAAAACAUCUUGUGGCAGCAUCACCCGGACGGUGACCAGGGUCUCGUCAGACUCCGAGCCCGGCUCCACCAAGGGGCCGGCCGAGCACAGCUCCCAAGAGACCUCCCUGGAGGGCGCCAGCUUCUCCGCCUCGGCAGACAAAGAGGAAGGGAUCGUGCUGGAGGUGUCCAAGGAGAAAAUGGAGCUCUCCAGCCCCUUAAAAAGCAUCGAGGGGCCAAAAAUCGUCAGUGUCCAGCUUGGCAACGGCACCAAGCUCAAAGGGACUGUCCUGCCUGUCUCCACCAUCCAGAACGCCAGCAGCGCCAUGCUGAUCGCUGCCAGCGUGGCUCAGCAGAAAUCCGUGGUGCUGCCGGCGAAGACGGGUAAGGCUGUGGCCAAGAACAUCAUCAACCUGGUGCCGCAGACCCUGCCCAAAGCCGACACCAGGACCAACAUCAGCACCGUGACGCAGACCACCACCAUCACCACCACGGCCAACCAGAAAGUCAACGGCACCACGGUUGUGAUGGUGCAGCCGCAGAAGCCUUCCCCUACCAUUGCAGGCACGGUCAUAUCCAGGAGCCAGUCCAGCCUUGUGGAAGCCUUUAACAAGAUCCUCAACAGUAAAAACCUCUUGCCAACGUACAAGCCCAACCUGAACCCUCCAGCCGACGCGAGCCUCACGCUGCCUCCCUUCGGUUACCGCUGCCUGGAGUGCGGGGACGCCUUCGCCCUGGAGAAGAGCUUGGCUCGCCACUACGACCGGCGCAGCAUGCGCAUCGAGGUGACCUGCAACCACUGCACCAAGCGCCUCGUCUUCUUCAACAAGUGCAGUUUGCUGCUGCACGCCCGGGAGCACAAGGACAAGGGGCUGGUGAUGCAGUGCUCCCAUCUGGUUAUGAGGCCCAUCGCUUUGGAUCAAAUGAUCGGGCAGCCGGACAUCACCCCCCUGGUCUCAGUGACCUCCUUCCCUGCUAGCAAAGUGACUGGUGUGGCUCAGGAUGCCUUGGCCACCGCCAACGGGGCUCAGGACCUCCCCAUCCUGCCGCUGAGCAACAGCUCAGAGCAGACCAACUACAGCUGCUUCAGGUGCCUGGAGUGCAAGGAGCAAUGCAAAGACAAAGCCGGGCUGGCCGCGCAUUUCCAGCAGGCAGCGGCCACGGGGACAACCAGCAGCACGGUUUGUACAACGUGUCCCAUGAUCAUGUCCAAUCGCUGCAGCUUCAACGCCCAUCAGCGGAUACACAAGAACCGACCUCCCCACGUGUGCCCCGAGUGUGGGGGGAACUUCCUCCUGGCGAACUUCGAGGCGCACCUGAAGGAGGCCUGUCUGCACUUCUCCCGCAGAGUGGGGUACAGGUGCCCCAGCUGCGCUGUGGUCUUCGGUGGGGUCAACUCCAUCAAGUCCCACAUCCAGACCUCCCACUGCGAGGUGUUCCACAAGUGCCCCAUCUGCCCCAUGGCGUUCAAGUCAGCCCCCAGCGCCCAUGCGCACGUCUACACGCAGCACCCCGGCUUCAGCAACCAGCAGUCCAAAAUGAUUUACAAGUGUGCCAUGUGCGACACGGUUUUCACCCACAAGCCCCUGCUCUCCUCCCACUUCGACCAGCAUCUGCUUAACCAGCGGGUCAGUGUCUUCAAGUGCCCGGACUGCCCGCUGCUCUUCGCCCAGAAGCGCACCAUGCUGGAGCACCUUAAGAACACUCACCAGCCCCAGAAGCCCAAGGAAGACCUGGCAAAGAAGGCGGCCAUCCUGCUCACUCCCAAGCAGGAGCCUGUUGAAACCCCCGUGUCCAAGAUCUCGGAGUCGUCAUCGUCCUCCACGGAGGAGGAUGAGCCCCCCAGCUCCCCCGAGCUGCGCAAGACCAAGCGGAGCCGCUUCCAGCGCAAGACGGUCAACAAGUCAAAAGGCAGCGGGUGGACGUGCGGCGUCUGCCACUCCUGGUUCCCGGAGCGCGAUGAGUACGUCUCCCACAUGAAGAAGGACCAUGGCAAGUCGGUGAAGAAGUUCCCCUGCCACCUCUGCGAGCGCUCCUUCUGCUCCGCUCCCAGCCUCCGGAGACACGUGCGAGUGAAUCACGAAGGGAUCAAGCGCGUCUAUCCCUGCCGGUACUGCACGGAGGGCAAAAGGACCUUCAGCAGCCGGCUCAUCCUGGAGAAACACAUCCAAGUGCGACAUGGGAUCAAGGUGACCGACCAGACAAAGAGCCAGGAGGUUGUUAUUGCCCGGAUAGGGACCGGCACCAUGCAGGUGUCCGGUCGGAAGCGGAAGCUGUCCUCGGAUGAAGGCGACUCGUGCAGUGAGGAGCCCGACAGCACCACCCCCCCCUCCAAAAACUCCAAGAGCGACCGCAAGGCCCCGUUCCGGUGCCGCAAGUGCGGUUACCUGGCCAGCAGCUCCGCCGACUUCCAGGAGCACAUCCCCCAGCACCGGACUGACGAGAGCUCCCACCAGUGCCGGGAGUGUGGGCUCUGCUUCACCUCCCAGGUCUCCCUCAACCGCCACCGCUUCAUCACCCACAAGAAGAAGAAGGGAGCGGGCGAGCUGGAGGAGCCGGGGCCCCGGAGCCCGCUGGAAGGAGGCGCCCCGCACGCGGGCGAUGGGAAGCUGUCCUGCAAAGUGUGCGGCCGCUGCUUCGACAGUCAGCUCAACCUCAAGACGCAUUUCCGCACCCACGGCAUGGCCUUCAUCCGGGCCAGGCAGAACGCGAGCCCCGACAACUAGAGCAGCGGGAGGGCGAGACGUGUAUAUAAUCAGCACAGAGCUCUUUGCGACAGGGGCUGCCGGGGCUCCCCCUCCCUUCCUGCUCCUGGGCAGCAUUUUGACGUGGGGUUGGGUAAAUGAGCUGUGAAGAGAGAACCUGGCUUGCACAGUAGGGCCUGACUCGGUGUGCCUGGCGUGCCGGGUCGGCUUGGCUGGCAUCCCCCAGGCCAGGGGACUCGGCCCACCCUGGUUUGUGGGCAAGAGCCGGGGGAAGGCAGAGAUUUAUUGUGCAGGAGAUGAAGGGCAGAGCCUGGACGUGCUGCCCUGCGCUGGGGAGACCAACAGGUUGUUCUGGCGGCUCUGUCCUCCCGUGGGGAUCCGCAGCCACUCCUGCCCGCGGGGAGGGACAGUGGCCUUCCUGCCACAGGGAUGAGGAAGGGAGACCACCACCUCCCACCCUGUUUGCACGCCUGAGUGAUGCGCUCUUCUACACUGGGGGGCUCUCCUCAGCCGUUCUGUCUGGGCUGUGCUGUGAUGGAAGGGAAGCCUGGUUGAGGCAGCGUCCGCCCAGGACCUGGGGACCAGGGGAGGCUUCUCCAUGGCAGGACAGAGAUGGCUGUGCUGACAGCUUGUCGCAGCAAAAUCCACCUUUGGUUUUGGUUUUGUUUGGUUUUUGGUUGUUUGGUUUCGGUUUCUUUUUUCUUUCCCUUCUGAAUGUUGCUUAUUUUCCAUUUUGCUGGAGCUGGGGGGGGUGGGGGGGGGAAGAAGCCGAGUCCAGCCCCUCCAUCGCUGCAGAGACACCCCAGCCCCUCCUGGGCUCCGCUCACCUGCCACAAGCAUGAGGUUCCUCUUCACCGUCACUUGCACUAACUUCAGCUGCUCGUCACUUCGUGCCGCAGGACAGCCGCAGCCUGCACCUUCCUGGGGGGAGAUUGGCCUUUGGCAGCAGGAAAACAGAAGCCAAGCAAAGGGGCUCUGGGCAAGACGAGCCCGAUGGCAGCACCAUCCCCUCCCCAUGGAGCUGCACCGAGUGCUUGCGGGUGCUGCAGCCAGAGGGGAUCGCCCCACGCCGGGACCAGGAUCGGUGCCGGCCGCUGCAGAGAGGGAAAGACGCUGCCAAAUCCCGUUACAGACUGAAACAGUGAGUCCUGGGGGGGCUUCUCCAGGGGUGCUGCUGGCACCCACUGCUGCCACCCCCCUUCUGCCCCGCUCCUGGCGCUGCUCCGGAGCACGGGGCAGCCUGACCCCCUUCUUCCCCCGGCACUGGGAUCCGUGGCACACACGGCCCUGGGGGGGGGGGGGUCCCUCCUGCAUGGGGCUGUCGCCGCAUCCCCCCCGUUCCUGUUGGGGAAGAGAAAAAAAAAGCCAAACUACUGGAAAAGAAACUUUCUAUUUGUUCUGUUCGUUCAGCGCCUGUGCUUGGGGUGUUUGUGUGAGUAAUGGUUUCAGUAACUUAACUUCGGGCUCCUUUCCUUGUGAAUAACCUCUAACACGCUGUGUAAAGUUGUAUCAUACACUAAACGUGACAAAAAAAACCA